AUGAUUUGGCUAUGUCGAUACGAGAUGGGAGAUUUCUCAGAACAGAAAAAUAGGCUCCGCAAGUCUGGCAUAAAUAAUGUAUACUACCUAGUUGAAGAAGGCGGAAUGGCAGAUACGGAGAGAAUAAUGGAAAUGAGGAAAUCGAUCGAAACAUCAAUCUCCAUGGUGAUCACCGUUUCCAAUCUCUUUUUACAUCGGUUUAGGCGAACCGACGACACCAUAGACUGGUUAUUGACGAUGUCUAAUAUUUUAAAAGAAAAAUACAGCCAAAAAAGACUAAUAGUCAUAAAACCGAGAACGAUUCAUUCCCAAGAAGAAUACUUGCACAUGUUACAAGAGUUCCGUGAGAAAUUUGACAACAAAGAGCAAGCUUACGAAUGCGUUCACAUGCUCCCAGUUUACCAAGCUACUUUAGCUAAGUCAAAUAUGCGAACAGUAAAAGAAAUGUUUAUCCUCAUGUUAAUGCUGGUUAAGGGAAUCUCACUAGAAAAGGCUGUGGUGAUUCAAAGUCAUUUUGGCACACCUAAAAAACUUAUUGACUAUUAUCUGAUCGAGAAUAGGCUGCUUUCCGAAUCCGAGAAGGGAUUACUAAUUCUGAAGCUCUUUCAAAGUCAAAUUGGAAGUAAAAAAAUUAACAAAGCUGCGCUGAUAGCUUUGUAUGAAUCGUGGGGGAAAUUAUAG